UUUCCGGCACUUUUCUGCGGGAUUCGAGUGGCGACCGCGGACCUGUACGGACGUGAUCGUGCAGUCUUGCGUUAGUUAUUUGAGGUUGUGAAAAAGAGAUUUUCACUAGAAGAUCCCUGCCGUUGACGCGUAGGGAAGUGCACACGGUUUGGUACUCAUAUACGAAGAAUAGUAGUGGGUGCGCGAAAUGCAGGAGGCUGCGGCCUCUUGCAUAAGUAAAGACAGCGAGGGGAACUCUACUGACCCCCCUCCCCCUAACACCAUCCUUUCAGCAUGGGAUGCUAAUCCUAAAUCCUCUACCCUUCCCCUCGACACUCCCUGUGACGCAGGGUCUUCUGGUGACCGAAAAGAACGUGGAACACGCAAAGCACACAGACGCGGUCCCCCCCCGUGCAGGGGAUCUUCCAGAAGGGGCAGCCAAUCAAACAACGUUUAAUCAGAAGGACGAAUCAAAGAGCGACAGGAUUACAGCCAACAAAGAAAACACUACAGUUGCAGACUUAGUAAUGGAAUACACCAUGGACAGCGAUCCGAAGGUUAACAAGCCCACAAAUAAUAUAAUCAAUGUCGCUAAACACCCCAAAGCCGCACAAGAGUGGGACAUAUUAGCAAUUCAUGCAAAAGCAAAGCCAGAUCGAUGUAUUUACUGUGGAGAAGAUAAGCACGAGGACAAGGACUACGUGUGCGCGUUGAGCACUGGAGACCACACAUGCCUCAAUUGCAAGGGAAAUCAUCUCCCUACAUCGCACGAAUGUCCUACGGUGAUUUCAUUUAAAAAAGCUCAAGCAUUGGCAGCCACUGAAAACAUCUCCAUGCAGGAAGCCAGAAGAAGGAUUAUCUCCAUGGACAACACCCAACACUCCAACACGGACACUCCUAGAGACUUCUUACGUAAAUUCUUCGACACGCUAGCACCCCUUGGAAAUAUCCUCAUGGUUGGAGACUUUAACGCCCACCACCCGGCAUGGGGCGGGAUGGGCGUCCGCAUUGACUGCAUGGGCACUCGGCUGUUGGACUCCUUCGAGGAGGCGGGACUCACGGUGCUAAAUACUUCAGGAGAUACCUUUAUGAGCUUGUCUCACGGAACUUUCUCGGGAAUCGACAUAGCCUUGGCUUCAGCGGCACUCGCUCCACUAUGCUCCGUCAGGAUUGACAGUGAUCUCAGAGGCAGCGAUCACUUUCCCCUCUUCACUUCCAUUGGCCAACUGGAACCUUCAAGGAACUGUUUUAAAUACAAGAUCAAACUAAGUGCGGCGGAAUCUAGAGAACUCCGGCAUAUGCUGGAAAGGGAGCAAAGCGUUUUCUCGGAAGCGCUUCCUGCUGACCCAAUAGAGGCGUACAACUAUAUGGUUAGUUUCGUCUUAGAGAGAAUAAGAAGCAUCGUGGGAGAUAAGAGGUCUUCCAAAGGAUCUUCGACUCGGACAAACAGACCAGAACACGUUCCUGCUCUCUGGUGGAGCGAGGAGUGCGACGAGAAAUGCCGGGACAGAAAGGCGGCUCUUCUUCAUUUUAGGAAAUCUCCAUCAGCAGCAAGUCUUAACGAUUAUAGGAAAACUGCGGAGGAGUGUGCCAAGACUCUUCGAAAAUACAAGAGCAAGGGAUGGAAGGAACUAUGCACUUCAUUCACGGGAAAAACUCCCUCUGCUGAAGUCUGGAAACUCGUUAAAGCAUAUAAAAAAAGACGACUUUUAUUAACAAGCGGCACGGAGGAACAGACAGUACCCUUUGAGGAUCAGGUAAAUCUGGCGCAGGAUAAACUAUGUCCCCCUAGCUGUGAAUUUCAAAUCAAUAUGGAUUCCUAUCUGCGUGAAUGCAAAUUGCGUUCAGGAGGUAUCUCCAGAGAAGAGCUGGGCAGUCCAUUAACCAUUGAGGAACUCAAUGGGGCUAUGUCUCAUUUUAAAGGUAGGAAAUCGGCACCAGGUGAGGAUCAACUCGACUUCAGAAUCCUGAGCACCUUCCCGCCCCUCAUGAUUAAACAUAUGCUGGGAAUCUUCAAUACAUUCCUCAAAACUGGCAUAACUCCUCCUGCGUGGAGGCGCUCGCUGGUUAUCCUCAUCCCCAAACCUAACGGCACCGGACUUAGGCCUAUAGCGCUGGUUCCGUGUUUACUCAAG